AUGCCACCGGCCACGGCCCCGCUGACUGGAACAACAACGUCCAGGUCCUCCGGGGGCAGCGGCGAGUCGGACUCCAGCCCCGGGAACAUCUCCGGCCAGGACAGCGCCUCCACGGCUCCUCCGGACGACGGAGAGAGCUCCAUGGUGCCCCGGAGGGACGAGGCGGCGGCGGCGGGGAGGGCGCGCGGCUCCGCGCCCUGCCUGCGGGAAGGGGAGGAGGACAGCGCAGCAGCGGGGGCAAGGACCCGAGCGGCAGCGGGCGUGGACGCCGCUCACCUCCUUCCCCGCCGCCCACUGCCCGAGGCUCGGGCGCUGCAGCCCACCUGCAGCCGGCGGGCGGGAUCCAGGCCGAUAAGCUCACGGGCUAAACCUCUAGGGAAACCUGCGGGGAAGAGGGGACUCGGACGCCCCGAGGCCCGAGGCCCGCACCCUUUGUUCCGGCAGCACAGCGCGACGCCGUCCCCCUGGGUCGGGUGGCAGCGGGCCGCCGGGGCGCGUCCUCCGGCCGCCUGGCGGGACGCCCUUCCGCUGUCCCCGGGGCGUGGCCGGCGCUGGCCGGCUCUUCCUGCCACGCUCCGACCACUCCCCCUCGCACUCAGUCGGCGGGGCCAUGGCGGUGGUGCUUUGGAGACAGUGCCUCCCUCGGGCGUGGCUCUGCAGGUGCAACCCCGACUCUUCCCGGAGCCCCGCACGGCAGCCGCGGGCUGCGCCCCGGGUAACCCGGCCCUUGUUCCCCGUUGCAGGAGGGCCGGGCAGGGCUGCGGCAGGCACUACCGCGCCGCGCUCUGCGCCGAGCUGAAGCAGCCCCUGGCCAUUGAGGAGGUGGCCCCCCGCCCUGUCCGGCCUCACGAGGUCAGAGUUGAUGUCCAUUUCUGUGGAGUUAACUUUGCUGAUAUUUUGGUCUGCCGUGGUCAGUAUCAGGAAAGGCCCCAUCUUCCCUUCAUACCUGGAAUGGAGUUUUCUGGGACAGUACUGGAGACAGGCACAGAUGUCAGCACAGUGAAAAAGGGAGAUCGAGUUAUUGGCACGAGUGGCUUUAAUACUAUGGCUGAAGAAUGCAUCGUCGACCAGAAGAUCCUGUGGCAGAUUCCAGACAAGGUCUCCCUACGAGAAGCUGCUACCCUACCUAUAUCCUAUGGCACUGCUAUUUUGGCUCUAGAGCAUCGGGCCCGUACCCAGCCUGGAAACCUUGUGUUCUUCAUGCAGGUAAUAGCUGUCGCCGGAAGUGACGAGAAGUGCAAGCUGGCAAUGCAGCGGGGUGCACAGUCCAGCGUGAACUACAGUCAGGGCAGCCUGAAGGAGGCAGUGAGGAAGCUGGUGGGCACUGGUGGGGUGCACGUGGCCAUCGACAUGGUGGGAGGAGAUGUCUUCCUGGAGGCUCUUCGCAGCCUGGCGUGGGAAGGCAGGAUCGUGGUGGUGGGAUUUGCUGGAGGAAACAUUGCUUCUAUGCCAACCAACCUUCUGCUCCUAAAGAAUAUCUCUGCCAUGGGGCUGUACUAUGGUCAAUACCGAGACCAGAACUUUCCUGUAUUCUCAAAGAACCUCUCCUCAGCUCUUCAGUACUGCCAGGAAGGGCGCAUCCAGCCAUAUGUCGGAAAGGUUUUUAAGCUGGAGGAGGUUCUCUGUGGAUUUAAUAGUGGCCGAAAGAUCCUGUGUUCUUUGGGUAUGAACACCAUUCCCAGCUGUCACAUCACUUUCAUGAACUACCUGUUGUGGGUUGAAUUGUGUCCCCUCAAAAGAUACAUUGACAUCCUAGCCCUUGGUAGCGUCCUCUUCUAUGCAGACCUUCUCAAUAUGGUGGUCAGAUCAUGUUUCCAGCCUCUGGAGCUACAUACUAAAUCAUUCCGUCAGGAAACUGCUGCUGAAGCAGAAAGGUUCCGGGCGGCUGACGUGGCAUCACAGUUUCCAGUGUCUGCCAGCUGUGAGUAA